AUGUCUUAUUUCUCAAACCACUCCCAGUCCACCCGCCACUCCGCCAUUCCCUCCGAUCCGCAACACCCAUCCGCGCCCUCCCUUGCCCCGCGUUCUCGUGCUCCCUCCUCAAAACACUUCUCCACCUCCCUCCAGACUUCUUUAGAGGAAAAGUCGCAAGGAAAGGACAAGCCCAUAACGCCUUCUAUCAGUGGAGGCGUCCACCCACUCAGGCACACAUGGGUCUUCUGGUUCCGCCAACAGCGCGCACCAGGUAACAAAAUCACAAACUAUGAGGAAGGCAUAAAAAAGAUCGCCUCAUUCAGCUCGGUUGAAUCCUUCUGGUCUCUCUGGACCCACCUCUAUUCUCCCUCUGCCCUCCUCCCGACCACCGAUUAUCUCCUCUUCCACUCCGGCAUCCGCCGUCCCGUGUGGGAAGACCCUCUCAACAUCGACGGCGGUAAAUGGAUCAUCCGCCUCAAGAAGGGCGUCGCCGACCACAUCUGGGAGGACCUCGUCCUUGCCAUCAUUGGCGAUCAGUUCGAGGACUGCAGGACCGUGACUGCUUCUUCCGAAACCACCAAUGGUGACUCUCGCAGCACUCCGAGCGAGUGGCCCGAAAUCUGCGGGUGCACAAUCAGCGUACGCCAGAGCGAGGACAUUGUCACGCUCUGGAAUCGCGUCGAUGCUGAUGUUAAAGUGCGCGAGAAGAUCAGGGACACUUUAAGAACUGUGCUAAACCUACCGCCUUCGACGAUCAUGGAGUACAAGUCCAACAAUGAUUCGAUGCAAGACAAGUCCAGCUUCCGCAACUCGGCGAUCGACCGUACACCCCUCGCAUAGUUAAAGUGCAUUGUGACCGUGGUCGACACGCGACGAUGUCAACUCACGCGGCUAGUUUGCGUGCUGCACGAGACACGUCAUACGACAACGAGAAAUUGAGAGGAGAGGGCUCC